AUGUUAUCCGCUGUGCGCUCACGCGGCAUCCGGAUGAACGAGACGACGCGUACUGGCGCGUCGGCCACCCGAAUGCUGAGUCGCGUGACGUUUGAGGAGAUGGCCGUCAACGCCGAUGCUGAGCAACUGAAGCUCAUGGAGGAGCAGAUUGUGCAGGUAGACGAGCAGGACGAGAUAGUGGGCCCGAUUAGCAAGAAAGAUGCGCACAUUUACAAUGGUGUACUCCACCGCGCUUUCAGCGUCUUUGUCUUUAACGCGAGAAACGAGCUCCUGAUCCAGAAGCGGGCCCGCGAGAAGAUCACGUUUCCUGGAUUUUGGGCCAACACGUGCUGCAGCCACCCACUGUUUACUGAAGGCGAACUUGACGACGGUGUGGGCGUGAAGCGUGCGGCCAUUCGAAAGCUCGAGCACGAGCUCGGAAUAUCUGCCUCCACAUUUUCCACUGAUGACCUGGCGUACGUGUCCACAAUCAUGUACAAGGCUGAGUCGGAUGCCAACUGGACCGAAUAUGAGAUGGACCACAUCCUCUUUGCGCGCGGUGAAUUGUCUUUGGACAACGUCAAUUCGAACGAAGUGGAGCAGGUCGAAUGGAUUGCGCGCGAAAAUUUACCAGCGCUGCUUGGGGACUCGACACGAAAGCUCUCGCCGUGGUUUCGCCUUAUUUGUUCGAAACUGCUGCCGCGUUUGUGGGACGAUUUGAACACAGUCCUGGAGAAAGACAACACCGACCGCCAAAUUCACGACUAUCGCUAG